UCGGCCUGAAAGUUAAAAAAAAAAUAAAAUAAAAGAAGAAAAUGAUAUAAAAAAUAAAUUUAUGAGGUGAAAACAAAUUAAUGUGCAAGUGAUAAGAGAAAUAAGAAAAUAUUGAGUGUGUGAAUUUGAAUUGCAAAUAUUUUUUUUAUUUUUCGAGAAAACUCGAAAAGCGAGAAAAAAUAAGAAGUUUCAAUCUAGGACAUCGAUUUUCAAGGAUAACUCAAAUUCGCAACAGAUUACAGAUGUACAUGGAAAUCAUCAUGUUUGAAAGUGUAAAUUAAAGCGAAAAAGAAGAGGAAUCUCAGAAGAAAAAGUGAUUUGUGUGAGAGGUUAAUGAAAUUUGUGGAGAAGAGUUGAAGUUGAAAUUGCAAAAAAAUAGAUAAGCAAAAAUAAAAGGAAACAUGGAGAUGUCAAGAGCAGGAAACAGUGGCAAUGUUUUUCCUUUUCCAAGUCGUGUUGAAGGCUUUCUUGACUGCUGUGAUUUAUUUAAAGCAAAAGAAUCAAUCAGCACUUACAGUUACAACAAAGCUCACGUAAGCCUUCAAAAAAGCACCUCAUUUGAGGUUAUGCCAUUAUUACAAAUUCAACUCAAGCAUAAAUUUCAACUACAACCGAUCAUCUUUCAAAUAUUGAAUGCUAAAUAUGGAGCAGAACUAGAGGAUUAA